CUAAAGUCAAAGUCACCUGCUUCCAUAUAAUUAUAUAUCAGUUCUUACUUAUUAUUAUAGUUGGGAGUGAGCUUGAUGAUGCUGCUGGCUAUGUGAAAGUCAACGUACAACGUACCAACGUCAAGGUACUUCUUGUACGAUAAAUAACGGCACUAAACAAAAUAAGAAGAAACCCUCGGAUCGAUGCAUUCAUUUCCUGCAUCAACAAAAAGUAAACUGGAAAGAUGACGAAUCUUCAGAGCAUGUCACGUCGUCUGCUUUUGCUCCUCAAAAGUGGCGUUCUUGGAGUAUUAUUCGCGACGCAGCAUGCAGCUGCACAUGAGGCUUCGCCUGCUGCUCCAACGGCAUCUUACAACGAUCCCGCGUCUGCUGCGGCCGAAGCGGGUCUCGAUUUGAAAGACCCUGUGACGGUCUAUCAAGUUUUAAAGCAGCGAGCAGCACCGAACCUAAGGGAAAUAUGUGUCUUUGGUCUGGGUCCCAGACACCAGCAGCUCCUGGAGCACUGGCUACGGACCGAUCUAGAUGCCACCGCUCACAUGUUCGACGUCAGGGACAUCGACAGACUAUUUUAUGGCGAUAACUUCUAACAUCCUAAUCGCCCGCACAAGAAGUGAUCACCAGUGUUGGAAGUCUGAAGUCUCAUAAGCUUGUGCUCAAUCCCUUGCUCUUGCUCACAGUAACAAAUAUAACUCGCUUCCACUUAAUAUCGCGAGUCGAUGUAUUUAUGAAUGUAUUAACACAUACAUACCACGCACUGCGCUCCUGCACCUCCAUCGCUGUCCCACUACCCUCUUUCACUGCCGCGGAUUGAAGGAGGAGUUUCGACACAGGGUUCUAUUCGGACAUGAUUACGCAAGUUGGGAGGAGGAAGGGCGUCAUAUUUCCUGCUCGACGGUGCUUUUUUCUCUUGAGGGGCCGAAGUUUACUCUCGAGAGAGUGAUGGAGAACAUACGCGACCCCACAGUCUCCUUCGUCUUCCUCAGCUACGAUUGCAUGCUGGUACAGCUUAGCUUUGUUCUUGUAAGUAUUUCUGUUGGCUUAUUUGUGAGAAAGCGAAAGCUGUGAAGGAUUAUAGUACUAACUUAGCUUCUUCUACAUAGUUCUCCCCCUACUCCCAGGUAAAUGACGAGGAUGGCAAGAACAGCGGCGAAGUGGUGAUGAGCGCCAAGUGCAGCUUUCUGAACACCUUUUGUUAAGGUCACCACUCCUUCAUCCCUAUGCGGAUCCUUCACGCCGAUACAAUAGUCAGAACAAUAGCUUAUUUGUUCUUGGUGUAUGACGUUUAACAAGCCUCUAUUGCUCACCGACAAUAGGCACAACAAAGGAACAGGAAGUAGGAUGAACAUCAAACUAAGAAUUUAUACUCACAGUUUGGCGAGUAGAAAGGGGUGAAGAGCUUUGGGUAGCUCAAAUUUUUGGUGAAAACGAAGAUGAUGUGGCACGGACGUUGUUCUCAUGAUAUGUGCAUUGCGCCAAACAUGCCAAGAAGCGACCUGGAAGAACCGAAUGUAAUCGAACAAGAGUGCGGUUUAUUCGACAAGCCACCGAGUCGGGGAAGCGAAGCAGAUUUCACGUCGAAGAUGCUCUCCGAGUACGCGCAGGAUUGGUGUAUGCUUUUAAGUUUAGUAACAUCGCAUGAUCCUGGUCACCAAUGGAUGCUAAAGUAUAGGUUUUCCCGAAUCUUCUACUUAUUCGGAACUAGUAGCUUUGAAUGAAAAUGAAAAAAGAAAUUUUUCGUGCCCCAGUGUACUCGCACUAUUGUAUAUAACUUGUUUUGCGAAGGUAUCUAUGAAAAGUAUACAGCUUUGUUCAUCUCCCCUCUCUUCCAUUUCAUAUGUGUCCUGCAGUACAACUUUUUCUCGGGACAGCAUCCCGCCGAAGUGCAUCGCGACUACGAAACGUCGACGAAAGUGGCGAGCGGCGUUGGCGACGCCUCUACGCUAGCUCAGGGCGGCUUAGAUCCUGACGAAGCUACAAAUAUCCACCGCGAGACGAGUGCAUCUCCUAUUCCAGAAGGAGCCGCAAUAGAUCAACAAGGACAAGAAGGAAGACUCCUAGACUGGCCGCGACAGAGAACGUACGUGGAUCUCGGUGGCUGCUUGCCGUUUGACUACUCAAACACGGUCUACUUUGACCGAUGCCAGACGAAGAAAUGGACACGAGGACUGUGCGUCGAGCCAAAUUCGAAUUUGACGCCAUUUCUUGAGGCCUAUCGCCGUUGCAACGUUUUGCAAAUGUGCGUCGCAGAUCGGGACAAACCGAAAAACGUGUUUCGGUAUGCGUCUUUAUUGAAGUGAGUACUUUUGCCCUCGACUACAGUACAUGGUAUACAAACACCAGUUGAAAAUCCAAAUACUGAGACAAAGAACAAGUAGUUUUGUGUAAUGUGGCAGAAGCAUCGUCCUAACGAAAAUCUGAAUUCAUGACUUACAACUUCUUUUCAGGUAUCGGGACGGUGACUCUGCCUUUUCUGCGCGAUGCACGACGUUGGCGAAUGUACUCUUAACAACGGAAAGUCCGACAGUUGACUUUCUGAAUGUCGACAUUGAAGGACAAGAAAAGAAAGUCUUUCAGGACUUUCCCUUCGACGCUUUUGACGUAAAAUUUGUCGUCGUGGAGGUACUAUUCAUUUUUUCUUGUCGGUAUGCAUGCAUAGAAAAGAUGUCGACUCUCGCUCCUUUCUAAGGCAUCCCUAUUUCAACAGGUCGGCAUCGGUGUGAACUGGUUAGAACUGGACACCAUAUUUUUGCAAGCUGGUUAUGUAAAGAUCGCAAUUUUAGGCAGAGACUGCGUCUACGCCAGCCGGGCAGCACUGAUGGAGUUUAAAGGGCAUUUGCCUGGAUACGAAUUGCUUCAUGCGCUUCCCAAAAACGCGAAGGACGGGUUGCCUCAAGACUGGACCACUUUUCAUGAGCAGGUCAUCGAGGAUGAGCGCCGCGCAGAAGAGUACUCUCAGGCGCGCAUUCGACGAGAGGUCCUGCUCAAAAAAAAUGGAUACACUUAUGAAAAACAGGCGUGAUGACUGAUGAGAAUUUGUCUUUGAAGGUUUACAAUUAUCGUUUUCACAUUUUACUUUUGCUUAAGCGGUAGUCAACAGAUUAUUCCAACAUUUGACAAAGCCACUUACUGUUAUAGUCGCGGCCAAAAUUAAGAUUUCAGUACUAAUACAGAUCCAGCAGUUUCAGAUCAUGGAUUCAAAAUUUGAAAAACCUCUAAGACUACGAAACCGAGGCUUACCGCGAGGCGAAAAAAAUAGUGGACGAGGUGUGGGCGGAGAAGCGACAAUUGCCAGGAGGUUAUUUGCCUGACGAGACCCAUAUUGUAGUUUCCACGUCUAGUGUGCAACAAUAGACAUCAUACAAUACUGCAAGAAGCACGUCAUGGCCUUUUCAUGGCACUUUCACAUGUGAAAUUGAUGAACUCAGCAUGUUCAAAUUCAGCGAAGUUUCUUGCCAUCUAAACAACUUGUCUCGAAAUCAUGAUGGGUAAGCACACUUAGCAGUUUCUGCAAUACAGCGCAGCGCCUGCGCUGAGGUCUCGUGUUACGAGAGAAUCCUCUAUUCUAAAGAAGAGUCGCGAUUGUGUAUCUUUUAACGCCGCGAUGUGCUGUAGAGGGCUAGGCACUUGUAGCAAACACCAAGUUGUGGCGACAACGUCUCUGAGAAGACAUAGACGGGCAAUUAAUCCUAUUGAUGAGAGUGUGUCAUCAGCCGCCUGUCUCAUUUUUUCAGCUACUGCAGCAGCACUUGACUAAAGCGCAUGCGCUUCUUGC